CAUUUACAGCAACUUCCAACAACUUCUGACUUUAUAAAAUUUUCUCACUCAGCUUGAUUGGUUUCAUAUCCAUUUCGUAGCCACUGUAUUCUCCCUCAAUAUCCAGUGUUUGCUGUCAUGGAGUCAACGAGCCCGCCGGCGUCCUCAAAUCCAACAUGCGUCCGCUGCAACGAAAACGAGGCGAUAUUUGACCUGCGCACCGACAAAAUCUGUCCUCCAUGCUUGGCCCAGUUCGUAGCCAACAAAACCAUCAAGCGCCUCGAGGUCCUCCAGCGUACAACGCGGACCGGCGGCCCCAAGCAGCCCAACAAGCCGCAAAAGUACCUCGUCGCCCUCUCUCGCGGCACAUCCUCAACUUCGCUGCUGCAAAUAUUACACGAGAAUUUGCAGCAGCAAGUGGUGCGGACGCAGAGGACCAAGUUCCAGCUGCUGGCCGUGCAUGUUGAUACGGAUCUUCACCACCGGCCGUCAUCAUCAAGCGAUGCGCCUUCAACUCAGGGGUUGACAUCGGCAGAGGAGACAUACCGCUCCCGAUUCCCAAAUGCCGAGUUCCUGACCGUCAUGCUAGAGGACGUCCUGGCGCUCGACGCCAUCGACUGGGCCUCGCUGCCCCCUCUUCACGCCGGACUGCAGACGCCCGCCGAGCAGCUCGCAGACCUGUUCGCCCGCCUCCCUUCCACGACGUCACGGGCUGAUAUCCAGCGUCUCUUCACCCGGCACCUGCUGCUCUCCGUCGCCGUGCGGGAGGCCUGCGAUGUGCUGCUGCUAGGCUCCAACACGACGGCCCUAGCCGAAUUAACGUUGUCCGAGACGGCCAAGGGGCGGGGCUUCUCGCUCCCGUGGCAAAUCAAUGACGGAUUAUUUAAGGUGCCUGGACGAUUGAGUACGGGUGGAGAUGACGCCGGAGGUGCGGCAGAGGAACGGACAAGGGAAGGGCCGAAGACCAUACCCAUCUACCACCCGCUCCGCGAGCUUUUUCGCAAGGAAUUGCUCACCUACACCACCAUAACGACGCCCCCGCUGGCAGACAUCAUUGUACCCGAGUCGACAUCCUCACCUUCCGCCGCAAAUGGGAAGGCAGCCGCCAUAGUCUCGCACAAGGACCUCAGUAUCGAAGAAGUAAUGACGCGGUACUUUGCCGAAGUAGAGGAGAACUACCCCUCCGUGGUAGCGAACGUGGUGCGCACAACGGGGAAGCUAGCCCGGCCAGAGGGAGAGAACGGACACUGUGGGCUCUGCGACAUUGGGCUCGACGAGGCGGGCGACGAACGGUGGCGUGGGGAGCUGGGCGAGCAGAAGGGGGUCGAGAGACCGGAUGGGCGCAAGUUGUGCUAUGGUUGCGAUAGAUCAAUAUACGGAUGA